AUGACGAUUUCAUAUAAUUUGGAUAUUGCAUCUGCAUCGCACUUGAACUUUUUUCGUUUGGUAUUUCGAUGGAAAGGUAGCAUCUGGAAAUUAUGCUUGAAAGAGCUUACAAUUUGGACUUUCAUCUUUCUAAUCAUAGCAUUCAUCUACCGAUCACCAUACUUUCUGGCACAGAAUCAUAAAAUAGCAUUUGAAAGACUUGUUAAUUAUUUUAACAGUCAUCUUAAUUAUAUUCCUUUAACGUUUAUGCUUGGCUUUUUCGUUCAAAUUGUCAUACAACGUUGGUCCAUACUUUUUGAAAAUAUGGGCUUCGUAGAAAGUGCGUACGUGUACGGUGAUGAUGAUGAUUCUCGAUUAUGGCGUAGAACAAUGGGACGAUAUUUAUGUCUUACACAGCUACUCGUUUACAGAGACAUAAGCGUUCGUAUUCGAAAACGCUUUCCUUCAUAUGAGAGUAUUAUUGAAGCAGAAAUGCUUGAAUCCGUCCAAAUGAAAUUUGAUAAAUAUUGGGUGCCAAUUAAUUGGAUUUAUGCGCUGAUUAUUCGAGCACGUAAAAAUGGCAAAAUCCCCAGCGACUCAUUCACUAACAAACUUUGUGAUGUUCUGCUGUGCAACUAUGAUUGGGUUCCAAUACCACUGGCUUAUCCACAGUUGGUAUUUCUAGCUGUUUACACGUAUUUUGCUAUUUGUCUGAUUUCUCGACAAUUCAUAAUUACAGAACAUGAAGAUGCAACAAAUAAAAAUAACAUUGAUUUGAUUCUACCUUAUGUCACAAUGAUGGAAUUCAUUAUAUUUGUUGGAUGGAUGAAAGUCGCAGAAGGACUUCUCAACCCGUUUGGAGAAGACGAUGAUGAUUUCGAGUGCGAUUUUCUUCUGCGUAAAAAUUUGGCAACAUCAUUGUAUAUCGUUGAUAAUCCAUCAAAUAAUGCUCCUGAUCUUGAAAAAGAUCAAUUCUGGUCGGAUAAUGAAAUAAAUAUAAAACAAUCAGCUAAUCAAUCUAUUAAUGCAUUGGUUGGAUCAGCAACACUAGCACGGUGUUAA